AUGUGUGGCAUUUCGCAGACAGACAAGAGCCUCGAUAGAGUUGAGCGAACUUGUGGCCAGAAGCUAGCACCCAGCCUUGAAGAGAAAGCCACGCUGGGGAGGCACCCAGCGUCACAAGCUAUUGCUCUCACAAUUGGUCCAGACGUACCUGGACUUGCACACCAUCCUGCUCAUGUUUUCUCUUUUCACCUUCGCCUCGUCACGGUCUGGUUACACAGAGAACCGAACAGCCGUUCUGGACAAAGACUCGGCGGGCAGAGGAGGCGGGGCGAUGCGAGAAGGGUUCACGGAUAG